UUGAACAGAGACACUGCAAUAAUUAAACCUCAAAAUCAAAUCCGAAAUACCUAACCUAAUCAUUUCCUGCUUACUGCAUUUCAUUUUCACUCGAAAGUCCUUUUCCCUCCAGAAACACACACUCUCGCGUUUCAUUUUCGGCUUGCAUUAUCAAACCCAACACAGAAUCACAGAGCAGCCAUUGUUUGCAGGUGUUCUUGCAAUGGAUGCUACAAUACUGAAAUCACAACGGCCAUUCUCUAUUAAACUUUGGCCACCUAGCCAAAACACUAGGCAAAUGCUCGUGACGCGCAUUACAGAUAAUCUCACAAGUAAGUCAAUUUUUACUCAGAAGUAUGGCAGUCUGAGCAAAGAGGAAGCUGAGGAGAAUGCAAAAAGAAUUGAAGAUGUUGCUUUUGUUGCUGCAAAUGAACAUUAUGAAAAUGAGCCAGAUGGUGAUGGUGGUUCUGCUGUACAGUUUUAUGCAAAGGAAUGCAGUAAGCUAAUUUUGGAAGUUCUCAAAAGAGGCCCUGCACGAAAGGAGGGUGGAGAAAUCCUGGCAUCUAAGCAAGUUGAUGGAGAAGCUUUGGCAUCUAAGGAAGUUGCUGUAUCCCGUGAUAUUGUUUUUGAUAUAUCUAAAGGUCCACGAGCCUUUAUUGAGGCAAAGGAGGCUGAGGAUAUACUAAGCCCUUUAAAGGAGCCAGGAAAUUCAUACACUAAGAUAUGCUUCAGCAAUAGAAGCUUCGGUCUUGAAGCAGCUCGUGUUGCUGAGCCCAUUUUAGCUUCCAUCAAGGAUCAGUUGAAGGAAGUUGACUUGUCAGAUUUCAUUGCUGGAAGACCAGAGGAAGAAGCUCUUGAUGUUAUGAAUAUAUUCUCUGCUGCUUUAGAAGGUAGCAUUUUGAAGUCCUUGGACCUUUCAAACAAUGCCUUGGGUGAGAAGGGUGUGAGGGCCUUUGGUGCCCUCCUUCGGUCACAGAGUUGCUUAGAGGAGCUUUACCUAAUGAAUGAUGGCAUUUCAGAGGAAGCUGCACGAGCAGUUUGUGAGUUGAUUCCUUCCACAGAGAAGCUUAGGAUCCUUCAUUUCCACAAUAAUAUGACUGGGGAUCCGGGUGCACUUGCAAUCGCUGAAGUUCUGAAACGUUCUGCAUUGCUGGAAGAUUUUAGAUGCUCUUCUACAAGGAUAGGUGCAGAAGGAGGAAUUGCCUUGUCAGAAGCACUUGAGACUUGUUCUCAUUUGAAGAAGCUUGACCUGCGAGACAAUGUAUUUGGUGUGGAAGCCGGAGUUGCUCUGAGUAAAGUUCUCCCCAAGCAUGCAGGUCUCACUGAGGUUUAUUUAAGUUAUCUGAAUUUGGAAGAUGAGGGUGCCAUUGCCAUAGCUAAUGCUCUUAAGGAAUCAGCCCCUGCACUUGAAGUAUUGGAUAUGGCUGGAAAUGACAUAACAGCUGAAGCUGCUCCUGUAGUGUCUGCUUGUGUAGAACUGAAGCAGAAUCUGAUCAAGUUGAACUUGGCUGAAAACGAAUUGAAGGAUGAAGGUGCUAUCCAGAUUAGCAAGGCCUUGGAAGAAGGCCAUGUUCAAUUAAAAGAAGUUGAUAUGAGUACCAAUUCUAUUGGAAGGGUUGGGGCUCGGGUCUUGGCCCAAGUUAUGGUGCAGAAGCCUGAGUUUAAAUUGCUGAACAUCAACGAGAAUUGUAUCUCCGAUGAAGGUAUUGAUGAGGUGAAGGAGAUUUUUAAGAAAUGCCCUGAAAUGCUUGGGCCUUUGGAUGAGAAUAAUCCUGAAGGACCUGAUGAUGAUGAAGAAUCUGGAGAGGGUGAUGAUAAUCAGCAUGACUUGGAAUCUAAACUGAAAAACCUUGAAGUUACUGGAGAAGAUUAGAGUUUCUCUUAUUCUGGAUUACCUUGCACUUAUUAUAUUGCAGUGGUAGCCCUUGAAACAUAGAUAAUGCAGGAGAUAUCCACUGCAUUUUACAUUUUGUAUUGGCUGUUCUUCAAAUGCUUCGCUGCAAUUGAAAUUGAAGCAUAACUGAUUUACAGUGAAUGGGUCAGCUUUAGUGGGGGAUCUUUCUCAUCUUAUUUUGAAGCAUAUCCGUUUCUCAUUUUGGUCAGUGGGAUAACAAGAUUAUGUAGUACAUUACUAAAUAACACCAAGACUUCUUUUUUUUUUUCUUUGAAAA